AUGGUGGGUCCGGAAGACACUGACCGGCGAACCGGGGCAGCACGCGGCGACAAAGCGGUGCCAGCGAAGCGGCUGGAGGCGACAGGGAGUGCGGAGACGAAGGCAAACAUUUUGAGAUUGGGGAUUGAGGGGUGCGGUGGUCGGAAACUGGUUCGGAAGGAAAUGCUGAGAAAGUAUCGAGGUGGAAGAGCUAUGGGCGAGGGGCACGAAGCUUUUAUACUGGCAGCCGGAGCUUGGAAUACGUCUCUGGUUUUAUGGCUGAGAUAUUUGAGACAGGAGGUGUGGGGAGGGUGA